GACGGUCGUGACCUGUUUGGGAUGUGUCACGAGCGCUCCGAAUGCCUACCUUGACGCCCCCAAAUUCUCUCGCUCCUCCUCCGCCCGAUCCGCGACCGUCAACCACGGAGGACUCACCGUCGACCAACGGCGGCCCCGGUGGCUGCUCGGCCCCCCUGAAUCCUUCCUCCUCGAAGCCCAUCCCGGGACCCGACGAGCCGGCCUCCGCCGCGGCGGCCAUGUCCAGGCGGAGCGGGCGGAAGAGGAAGCCCCGCGAGUUUGGCGGGCGGAGCCCCUCCGGCCUCCGGCAGAUGAAGGUGUGGUCGGAGCCCGACGAGGUCGCGCUCCUCGAAGGCGCCCUUGCCUUUCGCUCCCGUACCGGCGCCCUUCCCAAGCAGCCCACCAUGUCCGCCUUUUUCGCUUCCAUCAAGACCUCCAUCGCCACCCACCUCACCCCCGAGCAGGUCGGUUACAAGCUCAAGCGCCUCAAGAGCAAGUUCGUCCACUCUUCCGCCGCUGGUUCCUCCGCCGUUGUCACCGCCCACGACCGGCGCAUCUGCGAGCUGUCCGCCGAGAUAUGGGGCGAGGAGGCCAAGCAGGCCGAUGGGGACGCCGAGGAGGACGGAAACGGGGACGUGGCCCCCGCUGCCACCGAGGAGGAUGAUGAUGCGGGAAGGGAGGAUGAUAAGUAUCCGUUCAUCAGGGAAGCCGUGGCGGAGUACGGGCGGUGCUUGUCGGGCGUGCUCUUGGAGAAGAAACUGAAGCUAAUCGAUGAUUCCAAGGGGAAGUUGCUGGAGGAGAAAUUGAGGAAGCAGUGCGAGGCCGAGAUGGAGUUGUGGGCGAAGCGCCUCGAUUUGUUGAAGGAGAUAUCUGAGCUUCUGAUGGAUGCCCACAAGAGCUGAGGACUGUAGCUUACAUUUCAGGUUGAUUACCUUCUAACAUAUUGCAUAGUUCUCUUUUAGCUUAGUUAGAGCUUAGAAUAUUGUUGUAAGUGCUACUUCUUUUGGUCACUCAUGUUGAUCAUAGUGUUCUAACUAGGGAUAAGUGUAGUAGCUUAUAUUUCAGGUUAAUUACCUUUAACGUAUUGCAUAGUUCUUCUUUAGUUUAGUUAGAACUUAGAACAUUGUUGUAAGUGCUGCUUAGUCACUCAUGUUGAUCAUAGUGUUCUAGCUAGUGUGUUCUAGCGAAGUAUUGUGUGAAUUAUUAAGUUACUGCAGUAUUUAUUAAUGACAAGUAUCUGUUUUACUUUGCA